UCGAAACUACACCUGGUAACGCUGCAGUGACUUUAGUCAACAAAAAGGCGGGCUUCUCUUGGUGAGGGCUAUAUAAAGGACUUACGGACGACCGUUCAAAAGGAAGAGCAAGUUUGAGAAAUAACACGGUCUGAGUUGUCUGAAACUAUUCCUGAAAAAGUUGAUAUUGUCGAUUGAGAAAGGGAUUGCCUGGAGAACUCUGGAAUCACAACCACUAAAACAACUUAGGAGAACAAAAAUGUGGAAGCGCAGUUUCAGUUUCCUAGCAAUCUACUUACUUCUAUCAAAUGAGCUGGUUGCAUCAGUGGAAAUAGAUGAAAAGAAGAUUCUACAAUUACGGGAAACCGAUGAAGAGCUUGGAUGUAGCCUGUGGGAUGCUAUCCCUUACAUUUUAGGAGGAGCUGGGGCAGCUGUUGCUUUUGGACCAAGUGUAUUGGAAUUCUUGGGCUUUACAAAGUCUGGGAUCACAGCUAAAAGUGUUGCAUCUCAUUUGAUGAAAUGGACUGCUACUAUGUCUGGAGGAGGCGUACCAGCUGGUGGAUCAGUAGCUAAACUGCAGAGCCUUGGAGCCACAUCGAGUAAGUCUGAGCUGGGAACCCUAGGAGCAAAAUUAGGCUACAAAUUUCAUGAACACUUUAUCUGCAAGAAGAAAAAAUAAACAGCACUUUUGUGUCAUAAGAUCAUGAAUAAGACCGUUGAGCGUGUCUUUAUCUCUUAAGGACUUUCACUAAGCUGAAUUUUUAUCUCUGCAAGAUUUAGAAACUCAGUUUUCCAACAACUAUCAGAUUAUACUCCAUGAUAAUGUAAGCAGCUGAUUCUACCCAGAUGAGUACAGAAGCAUUUCAAAGACUAUACUCAGCUUAAUACAGAUGUGACAUGAAGAUGAACCGCCAGGUGGCAGGAUUUUCACUACUUGAAUUAUACUGCAGAGUACAGUGAAAAAUUCGAUACCAUAAGGAGCUUGCUGUAUAUACUAUGACAUGACCUGGUUAUUCAGACUGUAUCAUUUUAUACAGAAGCCCUUUAAGCUGUUCUGAUAGUCUACUCUCCGUUUAUCAUGGUGGGAAGAGAAUGGAUUUUACCAAAUAGCUAGCAUGAGAUAUAAUAGUUACAGCUACACAUUGGCUACUGUUAUUAGGUGUUGAUAGAGUUAAAUGUUAUACAAAAACAAAGUCCCAUAUAAGGCUAGAUGAAGUUUUUGUAAUUCUGUUUUAAAAUAUAUAGUCCUGCAGUUCUUAUGAAAGCUAUGAUUUUACCAGGAAAGCUUUACAAGCAGAUAUAAGCCUUUAAUUCAUUUUUGAAUAUUCUCUGUCAAGGGAGAAUAUAGAAUUAAUAUUUUAAUGGGGGGGGUUGCAGACUUUGGCCAUGGUGGUGCAGCAGUUAGUGCUGUUGCCUAACAACAAGAUGUUGUCCAGUUUGAUUCUUGGCUGGAGGGCCUUCUGUGCAAAGUCUGCAUGUCCUCCCUGCAGUCAAGUGAGUUUUAAAGACAUGCAGGUAGGUGUAUGUGCGUGUGCCUUCUAUGAAGGUUGGGUGCCAGGCUAGCAACUUGACAUCAUAAAAACUCCACUGCCAAUCAAUCUGUGGACCGGUGAUCCGCUGUGGCAACCCCUAACGGAAGAAGUCGAAAGAGAGUGGGGGUUGCAGACAGAAUGUUUUUGUAUUAAAUGUGGUAAUUACAGUUAGAAAAUAUGCAAAUAUCAAAUGUCUAGUGAGAAAUUUUUUCACUUUAAUAAUCUUUGUUUGAAAUGAGAAAAUACAUGGCGAUGACAGUAUUUGUAUUAUUUCUCUGCUGUUGGCCUUAACAUGAAAUUACAACUUGUUGAGUGGUACAGUGUCCCAGAUUAUGAUAUUCAACAUCAGUAGCAAAAGAAGGAUAAUGGGGUUAUGCCUUAUAGGUGUGUGCAGCCAUUCCAGUUUCUUAGCUCCUCUCCAAGAACACAUUACAUAAUUUCCACUUCUGACAGACAAUGUUGUAAUGUACAGUUUCCUGAAGGUGCAUACAAGAGUAUGCAUAGCCACCCACCAAUCAGAAAUACAGUGAUCAUCCAGCCAUAUGUGCAUGCGCAUGUGUAGGUGUGCUUGUGUGUGUGUCUGUGUACAUGUGUGCAUUUUUUGUAUAUUUUUGUAUAUAGUUAUUCACAACCAAUACAAAGAAUAAAUAGAAUAAAUAUCAGAGACUUGCAGGUAUAUAUAUAUAUAUAUAUAUAUAUAUAUAUAUAUAUAUAUAUAUAUAUAUAUAUGUAUAUAUUCCUAACCUGUAUAGCUUUUGGCAGGAAAUGCUCCACUUGCUUAUUUCAUCAUCUCAGAUAAUGAAUACUGCAAUACAUACUGUCUUUUUUAUAUAUUAAUGAUAUAGCAGAAUGGCUGUCUGGACUAAUAAUUGAAGGUGUCAGUUAAGUCCACCUAAUACCUUGCAUCUUGUAUAUUUUUUGCAGUGGUUUAAUGAAUGGUUGGAAAAUUUGAUUUUUUGAAUCAUUAAGCUUAUGUUUCACGUCAGUAAUACAUGUUUGAUUUUUAUUUUAAUUAAAUUUUGUGAUUGUGUACUUUUA